UUCUCAGAUUAAUGGAAAUAUUUUCCUUAAUUGAGCCAAUGUUUGCUGCAGUGUUCAUUUGGUGGAAUUAAAAGGUACUGGUCUGCUGUUCGCUAUGAAGGCAAUGGAUAAAUCUAUUAUUCUCAAUCGUAACAAGGUUCAUCGAGCAUGCAUUGAAAGAGAAAUUAUGUCGCUUCUAGAUCAUCCAUUUCUUCCCACACUCUACACCUCGUUUCAGACGCCUACACAUGUUUGCUUGAUAACAGAUUUUUGUCCUGGAGGAGAGUUAUUCGCAGUGCUUGACAAACAGCCCUUGAAGUUAUUUAAAGAGGAAUCAGCAAGGUUUUAUGCUGCAGAGGUUGUCAUUGGCUUGGAAUAUCUUCACUGCUUAGGAAUAAUAUACCGGGACCUGAAACCCGAAAAUAUUCUACUUCAAAAUGAUGGGCACAUCGUAUUAACUGACUUCGACCUAUCAUUUAAGACAGCUUGUGAUCCUCAAAUUUUAAGGCAUCCUCCACCAAGGAGUAGAAGAUCAAGGAGUCAACCAACUCCGGUAUUCGUUGCAGAACCAAAGAUGCUAUCAAAUUCAUUUGUUGGAACUGAAGAAUACAUUGCACCGGAAAUUAUAACUGGCGAGGGUCACAGUAGUGCUAUUGAUUGGUGGUCUCUUGGAAUUUUGUUGUAUGAAAUGCUUUACGGCCGGACACCAUUCAGGGGAAAGAAUAGGCGGAAGACAUUUGCCAACAUCUUGCACAAAGACGUCACCUUCCCAAGCGGCAUUCCGGUAACGCUUGCAGCGAGGCAGUUGAUAAAUGGAUUGCUAAAUCGAGAUCCUGCUAGUCGAUUAGGAUCUAAUGGAGGUGCAAAUGAGAUCAAACAGCACCCUUUCUUUCGUGGAAUUAAUUGGCCUCUGAUUCGUUGCAUGACUCCACCACCAUUAGACGUCAACGUGCCUCUUCAAUUGAUUGGAAAAGAAGCCAAUGCAAAAGAUGUCGACUGGGACGAGGAAGAGGUGCUUGUCCAGCCCAGCGACUGCCCGUCUGGAAGCAAUUCUUAAGUAAUUAUAAUUAAUUUUUUGCCGCAACUUUUGACUUAAUUUACUCUAUAAAAAAAGGCAGAAAUUAAUAAAUAUAUAUAUAUAUAUAUUACUCCAUCACAGUUACUAUUCUUGAAAGGCAAACUCCGAUAAUAGUGUCUAUAAAAAAAUUGAUUAUGAUAA